GAGGGAGGAAGGGAGGGAGGGGGGAGGAGGAGGAGGAGGAGGAGGAGGAGGAGGAAGAGGAGGGGUGCAGUCCGCCUGAGGCGAUUUAAAGCCGUCGGAAUGCUUCUUCGGACAUGUUGCGGGGCGAAGAAGGACUUAAGCAGGAGGUGAACUAUUUCCAUAGUGAACGUGGAAAAUAAAGGUCUGUCUGCAUCAAAGCUUGAAAAUCUGAACCAAAGGCUUAACUACAGAAAGAAACACGCCCAAAAAGUUGCACAGUGCAUACGAUUAUCUGAUGGACAACACCAUUGAAUCCACCUAUAAAAGUUAAGGGUGAAAAAGAGAACCAUGUCUAUGUUCUACCUAGUUUCCAACCAAAGGUCAACAAAUAGACAACAGUGACCAUGAGUGGUGAUGCCAACCACGGGGUGAUAACUUCCCCUCCUCCACCCAGUGUGAUUCAUAAAGGGAACUAUUUUGACAGCAUCAAUGAAAAUGACCCCGAAUAUAUUCGUGAGAGGAAUAUGUCACCAGAUUUGAGACAGGAUUUCAACCUGAUGGAACAGAGAAAGCGUGUUUCUCAAAUACUACAAAGUCCUGCCUUCAGAGAUGAGCUUGAGAUCCUUAUUCAAGAACAGAUGAAAAAGGGUAAUAACCCUGCUGGUCUGCUUGCCCUACGACAAAUUGCAGAUUUUGUUAUGGCAAGUUCUACUGCAGCUUUACCCACAGCACAACUUAAUCUAGGAAUAACCACACCCAUCAAUGAUCUACGUGGCGUUGAGUCUGCUACUUUCGUGAAAGGAGAGAAGUUGACCCGCUGUAAAAUUGCAAGCCUUUAUAGAAUGGUAGAUCUAUUUGGAUGGGCACAUUUGACCAAUACCUGCAUAACAGUCAGAGUAAGCAAAGAACAGGAACAUUUUCUCAUUAUUCCCAAGGGCCUGUCAUAUGCUGAGGCCACAGCUUCAAAUCUUGUGAAAGUUAACAUACUAGGUGAAGUAGUGGACCAGGGAAGCACAAAUCUGAGAAUUGACCAAGCAUCAUUCAGCCCCCAUGCUGCCAUCUAUGCAAUACGUCCUGAUGUUCGCUGUGCUCUACAUAUACACACACCAGCAGCUGCUGCUGUUUCAACCAUGAAGUGUGGUAUUCUGCCAAUAUCCCAAGAGGCCUUGAUUGUGGGCAGUGUCGCAUAUUAUGAUUAUCAUGGUUCACUUGAUGAAGAGAGCGACCGAAUUCAGCUCCAGAAGUGUCUAGGUACAGCUUGCAAGGUAUUGGUUCUUAGAAAUCAUGGUGUCAUAGCACUUGGUGAGACGAUAGAGGAAGCCUUUCACUACAUCUACACUGUUCAAUUAGCCUGCGAGAUCCAGGUGAGAGCCUUGGCAAGUGCAGGUAGCGUGGAUAACUUACUACUGCUGGAUCUGGAAAAAUUCAAGCCUUACACACACAAAGUGGCCAUUGAUGGAGUCAACAUGGGAAUUGCACAGAAGUGGAGAAUUGGAGAACAAGAAUUUGAAGCUAUGAUGAGAAUGCUGGACAAUCUGGGCUAUAGAACAGGUUACACUUACAGGCACCCUAUUCUGAGAGAAAAACUAAGACACAAGAGUGAGGUGGAAAUCCCUGCAACUGUCACAGCAUUUUCCUUUGAAGAUGAUGUUCUGCCGCGUUCUCCCCUCAAAUUCCUGGCACAGAAACAGCAGCGUGAAAAAACAAGAUGGCUGAACACUCCAAACACGUACAUGAAGGUCAAUGUCCCAGAGGAAUCUGCAACUGGCGACUGCAGCCCUAGGUCAAAAACCACAUGGAAAAGGGCAGACAGCACUUCAAAAAACAGUAGUGGAACACCAAUCAAGAUAGAAGAUCCUAAUCAGUUUGUUCCAUUAAACACAGAUCCACGGGAGGUCCAUGACAGGAGAAACAAGAUUCGUGAGCAGAAUCGAUAUGACAUGAAGACUGCGGGGCCACAGUCACAAUUGCUGGCUGGUAUUGUUGUAGAGAAGAAAACUACUCCGCCCACACAGUUGGAAAUCGAAGGAAUGGAAGACCAGUUGCCACCAGGUCCACCUAACCCAUUCAGUUACUUAAAUGAGUGCGAAUUGGAGGAAUACAAAAAAAUAAUUGAACGGAAGCAACAAGGAUUGGAUGAUACUGAACAGGAAGUAACAUCAGCUGAUGGUUCUGCGUUAUCACCACCUCAAUCCCCACAAGCCAUACCAGCAAAAUUAGAAGAAAACACUAUGCCAACAGUGGUGGUGAAUGGAGGAAAGGAAGAUGGACAAGCUUUAGCGGAAGAUGUGACAAAACGUAUCAGCCAGUUAACGACCAGCACUGUAGAGAGUGUGGAAAUUACCAUCAAGACAACAGAAAAGAUAGAUUUGAAUGCCAGCGAUACGCUUUCACCUGAGGGGUCUCCUUCUAAAUCCCCCUCAAAGAAGAAAAAGAAAUUCCGCACACCAUCAUUCCUGAAAAAGAACAAGAAGAAGGAAAAAGUGGAAGCGUAAUGAUGGAUCUUCAGGAGUGUUGCACAACUAAAAUGUUAGUCAGAUAUGUCAAUUUUAAAUGUUUGAUAUUGACAUGUUCCUCAGCUAAAUGUGCUAAACAUCAGUUAACUGUGCACUGACCUAGAAUAGAAGGAAAGGCCAAAUUUAUUAGGGGUUAUUAAUCUGACAUCAAAACGUUUUAUUGCAAGUUUGUUUAGUAAUUAACCUUUUGCCAAAACUAAAUCACGUUCUAGUGAAUCCUAGACUUGGAACGGUUAUACUGUGGAAUUUAGUUUUAAUCUUUUUAAAAUAAACUCAUCUCAAUACUUAUUUCCACCAAAAUGUGGAACUUUUAUACAUUAAACACAGAUGAUUUAAUCCAUUACUGAUAACUUUAUCUUAAAUUUUUAAUACUACAAAAUAAAUGUUACUAGCAUGCAAUAUAAGGGUCUAAUGACAGAAUAAAGAAUUCCUGACUCUAGUAUACCUGAGUUAUACCAGGCAUGUCAUAGUUCUAAUAUUAAUGGACUAGAUUAUACAAAACUGGAGUCAUGUUUUUGUUAGCGUUUUUGUUUUUUUUAAAAAAGCUGUACUGCACUUUUUGGUGAUACAUAACUUACUAGUGACUUAAAUCCUAAGUGAAUACAUGAGGCAACCAAAUGAAGGAGAAAUAAUGCUACCAAAAAGGGAAAGGCAGGGUGUGCAAUGAGAUUAAGUGUUGGGGGAAGGAUUGAGAUUAUAACAAAUAAAUGGUAUUGCAGCAGUUGAUUCUUUUUGGAACUGUCACAACUUGUAGAGUUGUUAAAAGAAAAAAAAGGCAUGAAAAUAACAUUUUAGAUGCAUGAUCUAGAAAAUUAAGCUAGAACACAAUACCAAAACCAGUGCCCAUAUCUUCUGAGUCCCAAACUAUUCUAAUUGACCCAUUUUUCCCUCUCUCCACCUCUAUCUUUAACCCCAGAGACACCUGGUGAUUUUUUAAAAAGCCUCUAUAUUGUAGGCAUGAGUCCAUAUCUUGGCCAUAUCUUGUGCCACUUGAUUUUUUUAGCUACUAGACGGAACAUGCUAACUUGGCUUGACCCCUUUGGGGUUUGGUCCAAUGAUUUGAGCUGAUUGACACUUUGUCCUCUGUUGCAUAAACUAUCCCCAAUUUAAGACUGGUAUCUAAUAUAGAUGGCCAUAUUUUGUCCCAUUUUCAGCGAGUUUACUCUGUAGAACGUUAAUUACUACACAGAUUUUUUGAAUCAGUAUUUUGCAACCUCCCAUGUUUUUUACAAAAAAAAUCUAUCAGGAACAGUAUGUUGAUUAUCAAGAGAACCUCCUUCAGAAUAUAUAAUUUACGUUAUAUAUUCUCUUGAAUUGUUACUUGUAAUGCAUUUGCUAUAAAGCAGUUUCUCAUGUAAAAUGGAAUGUGCAGUUAAGAUUUUCAUCUUGUUGAAAGACUGAGAGAUGAUUAAUGAUGGGUGUUUUCAAACAGCACCUUUUAAGUUGUGAUCACAAAUUUGCUGUGUAUUCUUCACUUCCUACUUCUGUGGUGUGGACGCCAUGUGCUUCUGCUGAACAAAAUGAUGAUGUUGAGAGGGGGAACAAUGUAUUUUAAUUUGAAUUUUUUUGUUUUGGGAAUGACUGAAGGAUGCUAUUUUUGUAAGCAUAAAAACUAUAAAAGAUUUAAAUGAUUGUUUCUCCAUAUAUACACCCCUGUUUACUGAAGCUAAUAGGUUACCAGAUUAAUAGACUUCUGUUACUAAUAUCUUUACAAUUAAUGUUUUCAUGGUAAUUGUCAGAAAAAGAUCUGUAAAAGUAAAUUCUAUGGACACUGAGAAAACCACUACAUGAGUUAUUAAAAAGAAUAGAUAAAUUAAACCACUAGCAUUGGGGGUCAGUGAUCUGAAUCCCAAUUAGCAAUGUGAAUGGUAGUUUGAUUCUGAAACUGUAUGUUGAUAAAUGGGAAUUGGAGUAGUUGGAAGGUUUGAGGAUAUGAGAUUGGGCUACAGCAGUGCAUCUCUGAAAGGGAACAACACAACGGCAACACUAAUAAGUACUGGAAAGAUUAGACAAGUAGUUAAACUUUAGUUUUAAAAAAUUAAACCUUUAUUAUUAACUGUUUAAGAAGUAGUUUUCCAAGCUUUGUGCUUCUGGUAACUUUUUUGUGGGGGGGAGGACUCCUGUCUGCAUAAUUUAUGCAGCUAUGCAUUGCUUUAAAUUGAGUUAAUUAACCUUGUUGCACCUUGUUAGCACUAUAUACACACACGUGUGCGCGUGCGUGCACACAACCACACACACACACAUUGUCCUGUGGAAAAUGUUUAACAAAAUUGCUUUUAAAUGUGUUGCAAAUCAAUGUGAAAUCCACAAAUAAACAGUAUUUUUUGAUGUGGAAGUACAGUAUCCCAUUUUAGAAAUCUUAUGAUUUAUAUCUUACGGGACAAUUUUCCAAUAACCUUACUCUCCAAUUUAGGCCCAAAUUAUGUGAUAUAAUGUCCUUUGUAAAUUAUAUUCUGACAAAUUCCAUUGCUUUCUUAUAUUUUUGAAAUUCUGUGAAGCAUCUAAAUCUUUGGAGCAUUUCAAAAUCUGGAAUCUGCUUAUGGAAGAAUGUAUAAGAAAUGGCACUCUGUAUAGCAGCGUACUUGCUCUAUGAAAAAUUAAAUACCUACAUAUAUAAAGACA